AUGGCCUGCCCGGAGGCGGCGGCGCGGGAUUUCUUGGGCUCCCUCCUGCAGGACUUCCCGAGGCCGCUGGGCCCCGAGGACGCCCUGCCUUGGAGCCCUCCGCCGGGCCGUGGGGGUUCCCUCAGCCAGGCCGAAGCCCCGGCGGAGAUGGCCGAGUUGGCCAGGACCUUCCUGGGCAGCAGGAAUGCACCUCCUGUUCUUGCAGCAUCUUUGAUUCAUGCUGCAAUCAGUGAUAUGCUACAGACAGGUCUUACUGAUUUUAAGAAACAGAAUAUUGAAGGCGAGGAAGCUGAUGAUGGUGGAACAUCCCCCUUGCUGGAUGGAGGUCCUUUGCAGCGCUGUUUCUUUAACAAACUUUGGGAUCUUUGCUGCAAAUGGCAGAAGCAGCCACCGCCACUGAAACCACUCGAGCGCUACCUCCAGAUUUCCACCCAUGCAACUCGUAAUACCCGCCGGAAAAUGGAGGACAGACAUGUUUCUCUCCCAGAAUUUAACCAACUUUUUGGCAUGGCGGACGGCGUCGACCGAGCAUACUUCGCCGUGUUUGAUGGUCAUGGUGGAAUAGAUGCUGCUAACUACGCAGCUACUCACCUGCAUGUAAAUGUGGCACAUCACAAGGAGAUUCAGAAAAACCCAGGGGAGACCUUGAGAGAAUCCUUCCAGAAAACGGAUGAAAUGUUCCUUUCUAAAGCCAGAAGGGAGAAGCUGCGUAGCGGCAGCACAGGGGUGUCUGCCUUGAUUGUUGGAAACAAGUUACAUAUAGCUUGGGUUGGAGACUCCCAAGUAAUUCUGGUCCAGCGAGGGAAAGUUGUAACCCUGAUGGAACCUCAUAAACCAGACAGAGAGGAUGAAAGACAGCGCAUAGAAGCCUUAGGAGGUUGUGUAACUUACAUGGACUGCUGGCGUGUCAAUGGAACUCUGGCUGUUUCCAGAGCUAUUGGGGACCUACUCCAAAAGCCUUAUAUCUCUGGCUGUGCAGAUAGUGCAUCCUUUGAGCUGACUGGUGCCGAAGAUUACGUGCUUCUAGCCUGCGAUGGAUUCUUCGAUGCCAUCCAACCUUUUGAAGUGGUGGACCACGUUCUAGAGCACUUAAUGCAAAACGAAGGGGAUGGACUCAAGACUGCCGAGAGGCUGGUGGCUGCAGCAAAGGAGAGUGGAUCCACUGACAACAUCACCGUCCUGGUGGUGUUCCUAAGGGAGCCCAAAGAUGUCAUGGCCGACUGCCUCAGAGACCCCAAAAGCUGCUCUGCUGAGGAUUGCUCAGCUGAUUCACCCUUUAACUUCUUCAGCUCAGAAACAAACAAUUGAAGGGUGACUGCCAAAUCCAUUUAAAGCACAACAUCGAAAUAUACCCCAAGUUUUAAAAACAAAAACACACCUCUCACUGGAAACCGAGGUUAUUGUGUGGUGGACAAAAUGCCAGAAUGUAAGUGACCAACACUUCGAAGAUUCUUCUGUAACUCAAGCCUGUGCCUGGUUGUACCACUUUAGACUGCAGGUUGAGAGAUCACGUGACUAAAUGCUCCUCCCUAUGAAAAAGGAAUCCCCGUAUCUAUGCAGAAAAAGACUAUUAUAUCUGGGAGAAAGAAAGAUUCGAACCUCAACUUCUCUUUGACUCGUUACUUUGCUAUGUGGAGGGAUAUUGUUUAAUAAUGGCGGAGCAUGCAACCAGUCUGAAGUGAUCCAACUCAGGCACAAGUUAACCAACUCAGAAAGAACUAGGAUUCAGUGAGCCUGGCAGGUUGUACAUUUACUUCCCUGGAAGUAGUUUAAAGGCUG